GAAGAAUAUAACUAUAACUCUAGAUAUACUUGAUAUAUCAUAUAUCAUCCAUACAAAAGCCGGAACUUCAACCUACUCCGUACUCUACUUUACUCUACUCUACUCUUAUCUUACUCUAGACAAAGAAGUACAGUAUCUACAUGGCAAACCCUCUGGACCCAAUGGCGAACACACACGCUUCAGAGCCUCCACAGGUCUCCAAGAAGACCUUCCCCAUCGCGGGGAUCGCCACGACCGUUUUUGGUCUUGACGAGCUCCCCUCGCAGGCUUCGACGGUCGCUUGUCUCUGGCUGCUGCAUCCGCGGCUGGCCACCCAGGAACGGAUGACAGGUAUCGCAGCCACCAUCAUCACGGACUGGAAUAAGAAACUCGCAGAGGGCCAAACCGGCUCGAACCAGGGACUCAUUGCUGUCUCGUUUGAUCAGAGAAACCAUGGGACGAGACUAGUCGAGCCGCUUGCCAAUGAGGCCUGGAAGCAAGGCAAUCCUCGGCAUGCGCAGGAUAUGUUUUCUAUCUUCCAGGGUACCGCUCGCGACACCUCGCUUCUACUCGACUAUCUCCCGUCCUACAUCUUCCCCAAAUCCGACCGCACCAUCACAACCAAUCUGGUCCUCGGCGUCUCCCUAGGCGGCCAUGCCUCGUGGAGCUGUAUCCUCCACGAACCCCGCAUCACGGCCGCCGUGGUCAUCAUAGGCUGUCCUGACUAUGUCAACCUGAUGGCAGAUCGCGCGAGGCUCUCCAAGCUUCCUUCAUGGACGAGCACAGAUCCACAGGGUUCAAAGUUUUUGGGCUCCGAGGACUUUCCUCGUUCUCUCCUCGACACGGUGCGGAAAUUCGACUUGGCUAGUCUUAUACUAAACCAUAUGAAAUCAGACGCUAAGGACAAGCCUUUGCAUGAUGACCCCAUUCCGGAGCCUUCUGAAGAAGAGAAGGCGGUCCUACGACCGCUCUUGACCCGCUGUUUGGCUGGGAAGAGGAUCCUGAACCUCUCCGGCGGUGCUGAUAAGCUCGUGCCGUAUAAGCGUGGAGAGGCCGUGCUGACCUGGCUGAAAAAGGCCGUUGGGCCACAAGGCUGGUUCGCUGACGGUGGUGUCCAUUUCGAGGAUAUCAUUUUCGAGACGGCAGGUCAUGAGGUCACGCCGGGAAUGGUCCAGGAGGCUACUAGAUUCGUUGCGGAGACUCUGUCGGCUAGCGGUAGCGUUUCGAAGACGGGGUUUGUUCGCGAAUCGAAAAUCUAGAUGACGUGCAUAGCGAUAGAUCUUUAGAUCCAUUAUGAGUUUGAGUGGUUGAUAUUAAACUCAGCUGAUGAUUUAGAUCCAGCUCUUGAUGAACA